AUGGACAACGACGUCCUCCUCCGAGCCUGUCUCAUCAUACACGAACUCGCCGACUCCAUCAACCAGAACCAAAAACUAACCAGCGCCAUCAAUGCCCGCGCAGCAGCACUCAAGGAUCAGGCUGCGCAAUCCAUCUCGGGUUUCGCACUAAGACGUGUUAACACAGAUAUAUCCAAGGAGUUUUUCGAGUCCGAGCUCGAGCGCACCAAUGCCCAGCUUGUCGUCGAAAACCAGACCCUCCUGCACGAAAACAAGCAGCUCAGCAUGCUCCUGAAAGAGCACGAGAACACCCUCGAAACUGUCAUGUCCAAGUUCCGUCACCAUGCUUUGGCGGCGCAACACCACGAACAAACCCUGACACGCCACUACGAAACUUUACUCCUUGCUUGCGACUCCCAAAACCUGUACACGUCUCUGGCCAGCGAAACUCAGACCGCACGUGGCCUCCAACGCCUCGCAGUCGCCCUCCGCUCCCUGUACCGUACUUUGAUCGGCGAAGACCCUGAAUCCUCUGACUCGGAGCCUUUGGACCUACACGCACUCAUCGAAUCUCUCUCCGAUGAGUCUGCUAUGCCUAUCAUCCAGGAUGACUGGGCACUCGAACGCGAGACCGAGAUCUCGCGAUUGCGACAGGAGAACGAAGAGCUCCGCAAGAUGCUCGGUAUUGACCCGAGCAGCCUCCAGGAAAAGGGUAUCAUACUAGAUAUGGAGCGUGAGGGUGGUGAAAUCGGAAGACUCUGUGCAGCCCUCCGCUCUGAGGUACCACGCAGGCGCAGUGAAUCUAUGUCGCCGCGAGGGUCCCGGUUUAGCGCGUGGGCCUCUGAGGAAUCGUCUCGCGAGACUGCUCCAUGGCAAGGGUGGGAUACCAAUACAGGUCCACAGCAUCAACAGCAACUGUCACACCCGCAACCACCACAGCAACACCAAGCAGGGAUUGCACCCCCACACCAACGUGCGAUGGACCUCCAGCCUGGAAUACGGAUGCAGCAGCCGCGUCGUCCUCCUAUGUUCGCCAGGGCAGCCGCACCAGCACCACCUGUCAGCGUGGGUCCAAAU